UGGCAUGCAGUCGCUGUCUGGCAGUGGAAAGUCGCGCAAGACGACGUGUGUGGCAUUUGUCGCGUCGCCUUUGACGGGACAUGCGCAGAUUGCAAGUCGCCAGGCGAUGAGUGUCCCCUCAUCUGGGGAAAGUGCACGCAUGUCUUUCACAUGCACUGUCUGUUGAAAUGGCUCAGUCAGGACAGUUCAAAGGGACAGUGUCCGAUGGAUAGACGGAGGUUUGAGGCUGAGAUCUUGAUGAGCGACGGGACGGGCGCGACUUUGCCUGUACGCGAUGACUCGCCAGACGAUGAGGAGCCCGAAGAGGAUGAUCAUUGA